ACGAGCCGGCCUCUCUCGUGUGGAGAGAGAGAAAGAGAAAGACUUGGAUUCUGCAAUCGGCAACUCAUUUCUAGAGAGAGAAAGAGAAAAGCAGUAAACCCUCUUUCCUCUCAGCUCCUACUGAAAUUUCCAUUUUUUCGUUUGCCGCCAUGGAUUCGCAGAUCUAUGGCUCUUCCAAGCUCGUCUGCGUCGUUUUCCUCUCAAUAUUACUCGGACUAUCAACUGCAUUGCCGGAAGAAUCAGCUCCUGCGACGGUUAAGCGGUUAUCAUCCUCCAAACCGUUGUCGGUGGGGCAGCAGAUUAACUCGAACUCGGUUCUCGUAGCUCUACUCGAUUCGCAUUACACAGAACUCGCCGAACUCGUUGAGAAGGCUCUUCUUCUUCAAACACUCGAAGCCGCGGUGAGUCAACACAAUCUUACUAUUUUCGCGCCGAGAAAUGAGGCGUUAGAGCGAGAAUUGGAUCCUGAGUUCAAACGAUUCCUUCUCGAGCCUGGGAAUCUGAAGUCUCUUCAGACGCUUCUUCUGUUUCACAUCAUUCCUACGCGGAUUAGGUCCAGUGAUUUGCCGAGUUCAUCCGAGGAGUUGAUUCGGCACAAGACGCUCUCUAAUGAUCAUCUUCACUUGGCUACCGGUAACGGUAAGGAUUCCGGUCAUGUAAUGGUGGAUUUAGCUAAGGUCGUUAGUCCAGACGAUGUUGUUCGUCCUGACGGUGUGAUUCACGGAAUCGAACGAUUAUUGAUUCCUCGAUCGGUUGAGGAGAACUUCAACCAGCGAAGGAAUCUCCAGUCAAUCUCAGCUAUUCUCCCACAGGCAGCACCUGAAGUUGACCCUAGGACUCACAGAUUGAAAAAACCGUCUCCCCCGGUCGCCGCAGGUGCAUCUCCAGUACUUCCAAUAUACGACGCCUUAGCUCCUGGUCCAUCACUAGCACCUGCUCCUGCUCCAGGACCGGGAGGGCCUCACCAUCACUUCGACGGAGAAAGUCAGGUAAAAGACUUUAUUCAUACCUUAUUACAUUACGGUGGAUACAACGAAUUGGCGGAUAUCUUGGUGAAUCUAACAUCAAUGGCGGUAGAAAUGGGGAGAUUAGUUUCUGAAGGAUACGUCCUUACUGUUUUGGCGCCAAACGAUGAAGCUAUGGCGAAACUUACCUCUGAUCAGCUGAGUGAACCAGGCGCACCGGAGCAAAUAGUGUAUUACCACAUAAUCCCAGAAUAUCAGACCGAGGAAAGCAUGUACAAUUCUGUAAGACGGUUUGGAAAGGUGCGAUAUGAUACACUUAGACUACCGCAUAUAGUGGUUGCAGAGGAAUCAGAUGGAUCUGUGAAGUUUGGACAAGGUGAUGGGUCUGCAUAUUUGUUCGAUCCUGAUAUAUACAUUGAUGGGAGAAUCUCUGUUCAAGGCAUAGAUGGGGUCUUGUUUCCUCCUGAAGAGUCUAAGCCGGUUACAAAAUUCGCAGCACCCGCUGCCAAGGUUGUGGCUAAACAAAGGCGAGGGAAAUUGCUGGAAAUGACAUGCAAAAUGCUUGGAGCUGUUGGGCAGGAUUCUCGGUUUUCAAGUUGUAAUUGAUCGAUUCGAUUCAGAAAGUGCGUGAAUUUCUUUCUGGAAUGUGGAUAGAAUGCACAAGGGAGAAGGAUUUUAGGUCAAGUUGUGUGUUUAUUGUAUGAUGAAUUGCAAGGGUUCUUCUUCUUCCAGGUACAGCUUAUAAUAGGAGAUGGAGAUAGAGAUAGAGAGGUUAUUUUUAUUUUUUAUUUUGGGUCUGAAAAAUACUUGUCAUAUUCCCUCUUGUACCUACCACCUAUCUUCCUUUUGUUCAAUUCAACUUUGUGCAAAAAAAAAUAAAAAAAUUAAUGUCAAGAAAUAAUAUUGAAUGCCA